AUGAAAUCAUCAUUAUCUAUUUAUGAAAUUCAACUAAAACUAUGGAAAAGUAGUGUUUAUUGGCCAUUGAACUUUCGUCAAAUAGCAAGUGAAUUAGUAACUUAUUGUAAUCAAAUGAGUUUUACUCAUGUAAAAAUGUAUGGUGUAUUAGAACACACCGACAGAUGGAAAUAUGGCUAUCAAGUAGCAAAUUAUUUUGUUCCUUCUCGUUUUAACGGUAGAUGUGAUGAUUUAAAAUACAAUUCGAUUGAUCGUCUACAUCAAAAUAGUAUUGGUGUUAUUCUUGAUUGGAUUCCAACACAUUUUAAACAUUAUCAUUUUUUUCAUCAAUAUUCUAUGUCUUUACAUGAAUAUGAUGGUACAAAUUUAUAUGCUAGUACUGCAUCACAAUGGGGAACACUAUAUUUUGAUUUUGAUUAA